UAGCAUUGACAUCUGUUUGCGAAUGAUUGUCAAAACCUAUUUUCUCAACGAAGUCCGCAGUUUUGCAUGCUAGUUCGUAGGAAAACAUCAUGACUGCGUUCGAUUCGUAGAAAGGAAAGAGGCGCAAAGUGCAGCCGUGAGAAAGAUAGCGCAUCUGUUUUUGAGGAGUGAGUGAGUGCAGAGAAAGGUUUCUCGUCUCGUUUCGCUCGCGUUUCACCCGUUCGACGAGUGACGUGCCUCGGGUCUUCGUCGGUAGAGAAAAAGAUUAUUUCGAUUUUAACGCAAAGAGAGAAGACGCGGGCUUUUGUCCUCGCGAAAAAUUUACUACGCGAUCGUGUCUUAACCUUUUCUAUUGUUAAAUGUGAUUAAAGUGGGCUGUUGGCCGUAGUGUGUGAUUUCUGCGACCCACGAUUGUCCUCUCGUCACUUUCGCAGCAAUCGACCGAUGCAUAGUACUUCGAUGGAGCUUAUUCGCGCGUGACAGCAACUUUCGGGACACCAGGCUCGACUUUUGCCAGGUAGUCCCAAUUCCGAUUUACCACGUGUAUCAGCUUUGCAUUAUUUUGAAAAUUGUGUUCACAUUUUUCUUUGACGCGACGCUUGCACGAUAUAAAAGCGGCCAGAGAUUUUGGUAGCUGUCUACAUUUACAUUAUUGUGGCAGCUUUUAUUUUCUUACAUAUGAUCAACAUGUAUACCACAUGACAUGAACUUCAUUCUAUGACAAGUAUAUAAUAUCAUUAAUAUUUAUGGAAAUUAUCUUUGUCACAUUUUAUGACAUAAAAUAUGAAAAAUUUUAUUACUAUAUGCAAUAACAAUUUAACAAGUAUUUAAUGUAACUUUUGACACCACAUUUAUGCUUUAUAAAUACUUUUAAAUAGUGUAUGAACACACAUUGUCUAUGCAUUAAAGACAAUAGUAUUUAUAUAAUAAAGGGCCAUAUAGAGAAAAUGAAUAGCAGGCUUGAAGAACAAGAAUCAAAAUGGACAUGUGAAUAUUGUACAUAUGAGAAUUGGCCUUCAUCAUUGAAAUGCACUAUGUGCAGAGGUGCCAAACCUUUAUUAGGGGAGGAUAUUUAUCGCCUACGAGAUCCAAGUCCACAAAGGUCUGGAUCAAAUGUUGCAUCUGGUCCAGUAACUCAUUUAAGCCCAACAGAUUCUUUCAAUCUUAGUUCUCAAAAUGUUCCAUUGGGAAAAUGGUCAUGUGCAAUGUGUACCUAUCUUAAUUAUCAAAAUACCACACGUUGUGUUCAGUGUGGAAAUAGAAAACCUACGGGUCUUAAUCAAUCAAUACACUCUAUAGCCUCAAAUUUGCAUGAACACCUAGCACCUCUUAGGCUAGGAGAUCCACCACCAAACUCAGGAUCAAAUCCUCCUCCAAUAAACUUACAUCCAGAAAGAUAUUAUAAUUUACAAGCUAAUUUACAUCCUGAGAAAUGGUCUUGUCUUGUGUGUACUUAUGAAAAUUGGCCAAAAGCCACAAAGUGUGUGAUGUGUGGUAAUCCUAAAGAAAAAGAUAGAAGAGAUAGAACAACCAAUAACAUGGGUGUUAUUUUACCAAGCCCAGAAAGAGAUCAUAGCCAACGAAACUUACCUUCUCCACCUCAUGCACCAUAUAUUCAUCAAACCCAAAGAGAUGAAAAUUUGGCAGUAGGACGAAGGAAUUCACAUAGAUAUCCUGAUAGCAGAAAUGAUAAUAUAUCAACUCCUCAAUCCCCUAAUAAUUGUGACUAUGAGCGUAGAUUAAAACAAUUAAGGCGUCACACUGAUUGGUGCUGGUUAAAUGCAUGUCUUGGCAUUGUGGAAGGUGAUAAUGCUCCUGUUGAGGCUUAUUUGGCAAGUGGCGGUGAUCCUGCUCGUCAAUUGACGCAUUCAGAAGUUCUGCUUCUAAAUAGAAGUAGUGCUUUUGAUGUUGGACAUACUUUAGUACAUUUAGCUAUUAGAUUUCAAAGAGAAGAUAUAUUAGCAACAUUAUUAUCACAAAUUGAAGGUUCUGGAUCUGGAGUAAAAAGAGUACCAAGUUAUGUUGCACCAGAUUUGGCUGCUCAAAUACGCAGACACGUCACUACUAGUAUCCGGUUACGCAAGGGUUCUUUCCCAUGUUAUUUCGUCACUGAUAUAGCUACAUUUGCUUUGCCCGCUGAGGUUGAAGAUUUACCAAGUAUAGUGCAAGAACAAAUGUUGGAAGAAUUAUUAGAUAAAGAAGCUCAACAGCAAUUAGAAGGUGGUGGAGGAGAACCACCAGCAUUAAAUUGGUCUUUAGAAAUUACUGAACGUUUAGGAAGUCGCUUACAUGCACUUUGGAAUAGAUCUGCUGGAGAUUGUUUAUUAGAUUCUGCAAUGCAAGCUACUUGGGGUGUUUUUGAUCGAGAUAAUGCUUUAAGAAGAGCUCUUGCUGAUUCUUUACAACAAGCUGGUCAAUUUUUUUAUCCUCGAUGGAGAGAAUAUGAAGCUUCUCAAGCAUCUAGAAUGUUGGAUUUUACGUUAGAAGAGACUCAAUGGCAAGAAGAUUGGGAAAGUUUAUUAGCAACUGCUGCUCAACCAGGAAGUGCUUUAGAACAAUUACAUGUAUUUGCACUUGCCCAUAUUUUGAGACGACCUAUUAUCGUUUAUGGAGUUAAAUAUGUUAAAAGUUUUAGGGGUGAAGACAUAGGUUAUGCAAGAUUUGAAGGUGUUUAUCUUCCACUUUUAUGGGAACCUUCAUUUUGUAUUCGAUCACCUAUUGCUUUGGGUUAUACACGUGGUCAUUUCACGGCUUUAGUUCCAAUCGAACCAUAUACAUCAACUAGAAUACCACCUCUUUCGUCUCACGGUGGUGUAGGCUUGGGUGGUGGUAAUAGUCCACUUCAACAGCUACAAAUCCAAAUGCAAACUACAUUCAUGCCAUUAAUGGAUCGAGAACAUAAACUUUUACCAAUACAUUUUUUAAGUCCGGAAGAAGUUGGUCGAGAAGAAUCUAUUUUGAAGGAAUGGCUUGAUGUAUGCAGAACUGAGGGUGGUAUUCUUGUUGCGCAACAAAAACUACACAAGAGACCAUUAUUAGUAGCACAAAUGCUAGAAGAAUGGUUAAAUCAUUAUCGAAGACUCGCUCAAACUAAUAAUGCACCUUUUUUGAGACCAGCAGUUUUACAAGAUUACAGUAGCGAUGGAGAUACAGAGGAUGAAUAACAAGGUGCAAGAUUAAGUUAUUAAAAUUCAGCCGAGAAGACUUUUUUCAGAAUUUUCUCAAAACUAAUUGUAACACAAGAUCUCAGAGAUUCACAGUUUUCUGAAUAUAGCAGAAAAAAGUGUAUGAAUGUUAUGAUACACACAUUCAUUGGCAAUGUAUCAUCUUUGAAUGAUUUUUGUACAUUAAUAUUGGUUAUUGAACUAUUGACGUCUAAAAUCUUACCGAUUCAUAAUAUUUAAUUAUAUCGGACGUUUAUUCAUUUUUACGAGUAGUUGCUAUAUUAUUUUAUUGUUACUUAAUCACGAGACUACAUAAUAAGUAGUUCUGUUGCCAAAGUGCGAUUCUGGGUAUCAAAGCAGUAAGUGAACGAACGAAAUUUUGUUACGGUUAAUAGUGUUUUAAUUAGAGUUAGUUUUUUUCUCGAUAAAUUGAUUAUUAUCGAGGAUAUAUAAUAUUAAUUUUCACAAUAUGUUUAUAACUAAAACGUUAUUAAACUAUUGUGAUCUUAAUAUUAAUAAGAGUUCCUUUAACAUGCGGCGAUUAAGGUAAAGUGAUCAAUCUAUAUUAUCUUCCAUUUGAAUACAUUCAUAUCCAUCAAUAAAAAUCGGAUAAUAAUAGAAUCAAUUUCAUCUUCAUGAAUUUACAUCUUCAUAUCACUUUCAUAAGAAUCAAUAGCGUUAAAGUCAUUUCUCCAAAAUUUUUUUUCAUAACAUAAAAAUUAGAAAAAUAUAAAUCCAAAGCAAAGUUUUUAGUUUCUAACACUCAUGUAAUUAACACAAGAUUAUUUUCUUUAUUCAAAGGAAAAAAUGCGAUAUUCAAUGUAUCAUUUAAUAUUAUUAAUUCCAUUGUAAUUUCUCUGAGUUUCUUGAAGUUAAGAAUUGGUGAACUACAAGUUAAACAUAAUGUUGGUUUAAAAUAUAUAGACUUUUCUACUUCUCGGUAUAAUGAAUUAUCAAUUUUAAUAAAAUUGAGUCCAAUUUAUGGUCUCGUUAAAUAUAGGAUUAGAUUCCUAUUCCUCAUUGUUAAGAAAUGUGAUUUGAACCAUUAACUGUUUUGAAUUUAGAGAUUUCAUUAUGGAGUAAAGAAAAAAAUUAUAUUUAAAUUAUAAUUAAUUAAGCAGAAUAUCUGUAUAGAAAAUAUUGGACUUGUUUUUUGGUUGCUUUUAUAAAAUAUGAUAUAAAAAAAAUUUGUACAGAAUACAUCAGCGUUGUCGCAUAUAGAAGGUAAACAAAUUAAGAGCAAAAGGAUUUUUGUUCGUUAAUUAUGAAAAGAAAAAAAAAAAGAAUAAAAAUAAAAAUAAAAAUAAAAAAGGGGAGAAAUAUUCGAUAAAAAAUGUAAAUUAGAAAAUUUAUAAAGGUAUAAGUAUAUGUAUAUUGGUCGCAAUUUUUGUCUGAUCAUACGUGUGAAAGUACUCAGAGAUUCUGGUACGGAUCAUGUGAUUUUUAAGAUAAGUACUAACCUAAGGGCUGAAAAAAAAUUCUAUAAUUGUCCUUGGAUCACUUGUUAAUUCUGAGCUGUGUUAAUAUUAGUGUAAAAAAGAGAGAUGCGAAGUCGAGUUACAACGACACUUUUCUCUAAUUAGAGACAGGGCGCAGCGUUGUACUUUUUCCGUGGCUGCUUCCGAUAUAUAUACAUAUAUAUAUAUAUACAUAUAUAUAUAUAUAUAUAUAUAUAUAAAGUACGAAUUAAAUUGUACUUUUUCCUGUGUGAAAGAAGAAGAAGAAAGUAUAAAAUAAGAAGAAGAAAAAUAGGAACAAGAUAAAAAUAAUAACGAUCAACAUUGUGCGAGUGGCUUAAUCGUACACAAUAUAGUCAUCAUAAAUUAACAUAUAGCAGUAUAAUAGAACUUUUAUAAAACAAGGAGAUAAAAAAGAAAAAAUGAUUAUGAAAACAGAAUAAUAAGUAGUAAUAGGUACUAUUUAGUACCAAUUAUAUAAUUGGUAUGUGUGAAUACAUAAAUAUAUAUAUAUAUAUAUAUAUAUAUAUACACAUGUAUACAUAUACUAUAAUAUGAGGUCAAGAAUGGAUAAAGAUUUAAUGGUAAACUAGCUCGGCCAAAUAAUGAACCCUAAUCAAAAAAGUACAAAAAAUCGUAAGAGGGAAAUGGUAACGUUUCUUUCUAAUGAAGACAUGUUAUUAUUACACAUGUGGUAUCGCUUAAAGUUUAGUCUCGUUUUUACUAAUUCUAAUGUAGUUUCUAGUCCUUUUUAGCACUGUCGUUUUUCAUAAUCACACGCGAAGCAUGUGAUUUAAUUAUUGCGAGAUUAUCCGAAAGGCUCGAAGAUUAUUCGGAUAGAAACAUGUUUCACAAGUCAAUUCC